AUGGGUCUCAAACCCUUCUUCGGUCUGCAAAUGAUCCCAUGGUGCUUCCACGUAGCAGCAGGCGCCACACGCCACUCCUCUUCCUCCUCCUCUUCCUGGUUCACCGCCCAUGACGACGACGAAGCUACAGCAGACUCGCCGAAGCCCUCCGUCCGUCUCGUGGGCCCUGACGGCCACAUCAAGCUCUACCACUGCCGUGUCUCCGCCGCAGAGCUCAUGGCCAGCCACCCCCUCCACCUCCUCUGCCGCUCCGACGCCUUCGUCAUCGGCCAGCCCCUCCCCGCCCUGUCCCCCGACGACUGCCUGCUCCCGGGCCACACCUACUUCCUCCUCUCCUCCCACUUCUUCCACUCCGCCCUAUCCUUCGCCUCCCUCGCCUCCUGCUUCGGAGCCUUCAAGCAGCGGGGGGGCGGCGCCGGCGCCCCUCUCCCGCGGCUCAUCGAGAUCCAGAAAACGGCCGCCGGCAGGCUCCAGGUCCGCGUGUCCGAAGAGUACCUGGAUUGCCUGUGGAGAUCGGCAUCGGAAGAGGAGGCUAUGGAUAGGAGAGGGAGGAGAGUGUGCACCACCGAGGAGUUGGCGAAGGAUUACAAGCAGUUGGUGAGCUGCCGCUCCUGGAAGCCGAAGCUGGAGACGAUCAACGAGGCGGAGCGGAGGAGGAGGAGCGGCGGUGCCCCUUUUGGUGGAAUUGGCAGAAGGAAGAAGCGUGCCCACCGCAAGAACAACCACCACAACAAGGAAGACACCGGCUGA